UAUCAUUGGAUUUUCUAUAUCAGUGUCAGUCUAUAUUCGAUUGAGAUCAGUCAACUACCUAAUAGAUAUCGUAGGAGAAAUGGCCCGUACCAAGCAGACCGCACGUAAAUCUACCGGAGGAAAAGCUCCCCGCAAACAGUUGGCCACCAAGGCUGCCCGUAAGAGCGCUCCAGCGACUGGAGGAGUGAAGAAGCCUCAUCGAUACCGGCCAGGAACCGUUGCGCUGCGUGAAAUCCGCCGUUAUCAGAAGUCGACUGAGCUGUUAAUCCGCAAACUGCCCUUCCAGCGCCUGGUCCGUGAAAUCGCUCAGGAUUUUAAGACAGAUUUACGCUUCCAAAGUUCAGCCGUCAUGGCUUUGCAGGAAGCCAGCGAAGCGUACCUGGUCGGCCUGUUUGAGGAUACAAACUUGUGCGCCAUUCAUGCCAAGCGAGUCACGAUCAUGCCAAAGGACAUUCAGCUCGCGCGUCGUAUUCGAGGAGAACGUGGUGCGGCCCUGUCGCUUCAACGCGUAGACCACAUCCAUGGCGGUGACCGUCUUACGCUUGGCAUGUUCCGUAUUAGACCGGAGAUUCGCUUCACUCCACCUCGGCGAGCCAGACGACGGAUGGCGGGCUUGUCAACUACCAAAAAAAUGGCUCGUACCAAGCAGACCGCACGUAAAUCUACCGGAGGAAAGGCUCCCCGCAAACAGUUGGCCACCAAGGCUGCCCGUAAGAGCGCUCCAGCGACUGGAGGAGUGAAGAAGCCUCAUCGAUACCGGCCAGGAACCGUUGCGCUGCGUGAGAUCCGUCGUUAUCAAAAGUCGACGGAACUGUUAAUCCGCAAGCUGCCGUUCCAGCGUCUCGUUCGUGAAAUCGCUCAGGAUUUUAAGACCGAUCUGCGUUUCCAAAGCUCGGCCGUCAUGGCUUUGCAGGAAGCCAGCGAAGCGUACCUGGUCGGCCUGUUUGAGGAUACUAACUUGUGCGCCAUCCAUGCCAAACGAGUCACGAUCAUGCCAAAGGACAUUCAGCUGGCGCGUCGUAUUCGAGGAGAACGUGCUUAAUUUCAGUGCAAAGCGUGACACUUUCAAGAUGCAAGACUGACCAUUAAACGGCCCUUUUCAG